UCUAACUUGCCGUUACAUAAACGACACUAUUUCGUUGGUAAAUUUUCUUACAUGUCUUGUGGGCCCACGUGCAGGAAGACACAAAGGAUCCGACCCUGCAAGCAAGCUGUGAGAACAUUCGUGGUGAAUCUCUAUCUCUAUACAGUCACCAAUAAUUGAAGUGGACCUGACAUAAUACGUAACUGGGUCACAUGCCACAAAAAAGAAGAUUGGAGCUAGUUUAAAAAUUUUAUCGAAUAAUAAGUUUGGAUAUAUCAUUGGGAAUUUCUCAUGCAAUUCUUCUGGCACUAGUCAUUUUGAUGGGGAAAACAAGCAAAAAGAAAAAGAAACAGCAGCGCAAAAAACCCAAUGUUGCUGCUGACGACGGGAAGCUGAAAGAAGCAGUAAAGUUAAAUUUGGAAAAUGGUACUCAAGAACUGGAACGAAUGCAAGCUAUGCUAGACAUUCUGAGUGGACCAAAUUUUGAUGAAGAUAUAAACUGUGCUCUUGCAACCAUUUCCAGUUUUGUUCUUGAGGAAAAAGGAGCUGGACUUUUUACUGCACUUAAUGGAAUAUCAAAAGUCUCGUCUCUUCUUUUGCACAGCAGUACAGAUAUCAGAGAAAGUUGUGUGGGAACGCUGCAGAAUGUUCUUUUGAUGUGUGGUGAGAAUGUUGCAGAUUUAAUGCUUAAUAAUGGAGUGGUUGGAAAUGUUGUGACACUUUUCAAACAGGCACACGGAAUUCUUUGCAACAACAACAUGGCAAACUCUCUCCCAAAAGAAAAUUUUAUUAAAGAGUGUAAUUUUUUGGGAGAAGCUUUAGUUUUUUUCACAAACUUGAGUGAGGCAUCAAAUGUUCUUGUUGAGUCCAUAGAUCUGGAAUCAUUACUGCCCUUUCUUCUUGGAGUAGUCACUUCAAAAAUGUUCGACGACUCCUUUCGAAUCAAAGCAGCGCAUUGUUUAUACACAAUAUCAGAAGAAAAUCAAAUUAUGUCUAGCAUUGCAAUGGCUCGUCCCGAUACAUUUGCAGGAUUGUUGCCAAUUUUUAAAACUGAUACCGAAAGUAACCAUCUGCUUCUUCCUAUUCUGUCUGGCGGCGUUUUAAACAACAUCUCAUCAGGGCUUACUGAAGAAGUUAACAGAAACGUUCAUGAAAAUAUUUUAAAAUUGAUUUCCGCUAUUCUCGCAUCAAGUGUACCUGCUCAGCUGCAGUCUCCAUCCACUAAAGAAGAGAUUGAUGUUGGUAUUAAAACUUUGACAGCACAAAGAAUUGCUCUUGAACUCUUGUCCAAUAUGAUCUGUCCAAAUGGUGACGAUGACUCUUGGGUGGAACUUGAAGAUGAUGAAAUGGACACAGAAUGCAUGGACGAGGAAGAAGAGACGCCUGUUCUGAAGAGUGAGGAGAGUGAAGGUAACACGAAAUUAUUGAAGGAAUUGCUUGAAUUUGAUCUUCCAAACAAGGUUUUGUCGCAAUGUGUUGUCUCCAAUCUGGAUCAUUUGGAAAAUCCAUUAAUAAAAGAAGCUGCGUCAAAAGUGGAGAAUCGGUCCUGGCAAUGUUUGAGCAACUUACUCUCCAUCACACCUAUUGAUAUACAAGGAGAGUUUGUUGAUAACAUGUGGAAGCUGGCUCUCUCCUCCCUUGUUGUUCCAAACGACGCAGUACUCCGGAAUGUUGAUAUUGAAUUUCUUGAUGCUAUAUCGAGUGCUGUGAGGUCGAUUGUUGAAAAGUUCAUUGGGGCGAAAAAAUACGAGAUUUGCUGUUUCGACACUCUGAUGUUGGGACAUAAGAUUUUGUCGCAAGAGAUUACUGACUCGACAAAAAUGAAUGUGAUCAGUGUUUUCGGUAUGAUUGGGAAAUACGUAUGUACGAGAGAAGAAGGUCAGCAGAUUUUGGAAAAAAUUGGAUCUCUCUUCUGCGAAAUGCUCAAUACCUCCGGCCUGAACCUGGUCGUGGUAGCAGAAGUACUGGACGCAACAUUCGACACGUUCGCGGAUGGACCACACGUGGAUGUUGUAUUACAAAACACACAGUUGCUUCAAACUCUAAAAACACUCCUAUCUAACUUAAAAAGCCGUAUGAGAACAGAAAGAGUAUCAUUAGGCGAAAAUAUCGGUAUCGUGGACAUGGCUCGAGUCAAUUUAAAUCGGUUCAUUAAGUACAAAGAGAAAAGGUGACCGAGACAAAUUUACAUGUAAAAAAGAAAACACUAGCACAAUAAAUCCCCUAAGUGAAACGCAAUCGAGACAACUGGAAAAUUAGACGUGACUGAAAAACUUUCACAUCGCAUGAAGUCGUUGGUUCACUGGUUAUAACUCCAGUGAGCGCGUUGAAUUGACACGAACCUAAUGUGCUUGCAUACCACCUUGAAUAAAACAAUUUUUUUUUUGUUUUUAGCUAAAUACCACCUUGGUAGCUUCUGUAAUUUUAUAAGAACAAAUAUACAUAUAUAUA